AUGAUCCCCACAUCAGUAGCAUCCCGCCAAUGUCGUUCGUUGGCAUCGCGCCAAGUAAUCAACCGCUUCACAUCGCAAUCCCAAAACAAGACCCAACUGGUGCGCAGAUGGCAAUCCUCGUCGGAGAAGCCAGCAGAUACUCCACCUCCCACGGUCCAGAACCUUGCUCUUGCUAGUGUACUCGCUGGAUUUACUUUCUUCGUCUUUACCUAUUCCAUGAAUUCUGUCGGCAAAAGUGAUGCAGAAAAUGAUCCUUUGGCUCAGCUCAAAGAGGAAGCCCAAGACGCUAGAGUAAGCAAGGCAAAUGAACACAAGAAACGAUUGACUCCACAAGAAAUUGCAGCUUUGGAGAGUGGAAUGACCGGUGCAUAUGAUAAGAAUGCUAAGGUAGAAGUUGCGGUCGCAGCGCCUGCAGAAAUUGCUGAACUGGAGGAGCAAGGCCUGAAGGUAUUCCAAUCAAAGCAAGGAGGAGAAGAAAAGAAGAAGAAGCCGUGGUGGAGAUUUGGAUUUUAA